AUGCAGCUUACCUAUUGCACUGCACAUCUUUGCCUGUCUCUACCUUGUCCGCCUGGCCGGACCCUUACCUUGCCUUGCGUUGCCUUGUCCGGUGGACAGGAGUUCCAGCAACAACCGCCUGCCUACCUAUUCGUAUCUACUACCCAAGGUGUUAAGGUGGGAAUGAGUGCUACCUGGUACUUACACAGUAGAGACAAAGACGGCACGGGCAUCGGUCAACCCGCCACAGAUACUGAUGCUGAGGAUCAAGGUGGAGAGCAAUCCACCACCAUUGCUGUUCUUGUCGACACCUCCGAUUGGAGGGUUGAUGGCGAGGAAGGGUGGGCGCGUGCUAUGGGAGUCAAUGCACUGUGGGCAGGCGGUUCCAAGAAACGGAACACCGACGCACUAGAUACGUACCUACCUACCUACUUUGGCUUAGGGAAGGUCCUGGUCGGUUACAACGGUCAAGUCAAGGAUUUCUGCAGGAGACGCCGUUCUCUCCCGCCCCUCCAGUACCAGCUACCGGUAGUACCGUACCUACCUACUUAG